AAAAACCCCGGAUCUCAAAACCCUAAGAAAACCAUCCAAGUCUUGCCGUCUCUCGGCUUGCCCUGUAAUUUCUUGAAGCGCAUCAAUGGCGGACUCCGUCGCAUCGCUCGACAAGCUCAAGGCCUUCUGGCAAUCCCAGGUUCACGAUGACGGCAACUGGGCCUCCAACGCGAACUUGUUGCGAGCAGUGGGGUUGUUUGCAGGCUCAAUCAUCCUUAUGCGGCAGUACGGUGAUCUCAUGGCAGUAUGAGCGUGGGAUAAAUGCUGGUCGUCAACUUAGUGACCGUAAAAUGCUCAUUCAUUUCUUGCUUCUAAUUGUCUUUAAAUGUCGUUGCAACAGGCAAAUGACUAUAUGCCCUAUGUGGCGGAUCAAAUUACGCUUGUUCAGAUAGAUCUACACAUCUGCUUUUGCUGACUUGAUUA